CGCGCACACCGGGCGCAGCAGUUGGAACCGUUGACUGUCGGUAACGGACGUGUUUCUGCGCCUCGCAAGCGAUCACCUCCAGCUGGUUAAAUGUGGACACAGCAGCUCUCACCUCAGCUCCAGAGAAACAAACAGCUUCAGGACACUCUGCUGCAGAGAGAGGAGGAACUGACCAGGCUGCAAGAGGAGAACAACAAACUCAGGCACUUCCUGAACUCCUCCUUUGUGAGGAACCUGGAAGAACAGGCUAAGAAGCUAAGUGCUGAUUGGACCAGGAAGCUAAAGAGAAACCUGACAUAUUCCCGAGAUGGACCUUUCAACCACCACCAGGACUUCCAGCAGGUUAGCAAGCGAGUGUGUCGGAAUCUCACCGCUGAGUUCUGCUCAGAGUCAAAGACAGCCGCUGCCUCACAUCCAAACUUGGACCUUUGGGUCCGGCGUACACUUGGACUGACGGACCAAAGCACCAUCAAUACACCCAGUGACUCAUCCACUGAAAACAGUCCCUCGUCCUCGUCUCCAUACAGUUUUCAUUGUUUCGCUGACGAUGCUGAAGUUACCUGUCCAGGUCUGUGUGCUUUCUCUCCAUCCCCCUGCUCUUCUCUCUGCACUCUGGACUCAUCUUUUAGUUCUGCACUCACCUCCUCCACACCCCAAAGGUACUGCCAAAGUACAUCACCUCAGUCUGAAUACAGUUUGCAGUAUCAAGAAGCCAAUCAAUCAAACUACAGGCUUCCUGUCAUCUAUAACGUCUGUGCGGCUGAACAUUCAGACUUCACUGCACGGACUCAGGAUUAUGAAGAUCCAAAAGGUGAGAUUAGAAAGGAUCUGUCCGUGACUGCCUUCCAGUCUCCAUUGCUACAGAAGGUCAACAACUGGACAACCUCCUUCAGUCAGUCACCAGAAAGGGCUCAGUUCUGUUCAAGCCAAGCUCAACUUCUGGAGACCAACCCACAAGAACAUUUAACUUACUCAAGUCCACUGAAACAGACCAACAGCUGGACUGUGCCAGAGGACACGGUCCAGUUCAGUCAAUCAACUGGAAGAUUCAGUUCCUCAAAAAUCAUCACUUCAAGUCCAAUCGCAACCCAGUCCUUGAUGUCAUCCUACUGCCACAGACAAGCUACUCCAUCAGUAGGUCCUGCUGCCCUGAAUUCUUCUGCUGUUCCUCAGGUGCCUCAAGGCCAAAGAUCUCUGGCGUUCAGUAUGUCCCUCAACCAAUUCAGCAGUGUCACAACACACAGUUUCCCUCAGGGACAAGCAUUUGUCAGAAAGGACAAUGAGGGAAGGUGGAACUUUACCUGGGUCCCCAAACAAGGACACGGGGGUGCAGGAGCACAGUAAGGGUCCUAUAUCUUAGAAGCAC